UUGUCUAUGUCUAUUUUAUUUUUCGCUGUGUGAUGGUGAUGUGAUGUGCGAUCAUUGACUGCUAAUUUUGCGUGAAAUAAUUUUAAUUUUCAUAACGUAAUGAGCGUUAACAAUUUCGACGAUGUGCAUCCUUUAUCCAGCGGCUUGGACGAAGUGGAUAGUCCUCGGAAACGUAUGCGUAUUGAAAGCCCAGCACGUAAAAGUUGGAGCUUAACGGACAGGAAAACUGAUCAGGAGGUGUUGCAAGAGAUGGGAGUCAGUUUUCUAGAUUCAGAUGAAAAUGAGCAGCCUUGUGAAACAGAAACAUUGGGCAGUCCACUUAAACCCAACCUUAAACGCAAACAUGACAUAGAGAAUGUAAACCCAAAUGUGAACAGUAUCACUUCACCGCGCUCCAAGUAUAGCCCCCGGAGCCCCCGAGGCAAGAUAUGCAGCCCCAGCCCGGGGCCUUCUAAAGCUAAGAGCCCUAGGAGCUGUGAGAAAUCUAAACCCCUGCACCCAACGGACCUGGAAUCCACACUGCUGCACGACUAUGUGAUCGAGGAAGAGACCCCGAUGGGUCAGUCAGUGGCCGUGGCUCCGCGGUACCUGCCCGCGUCUCCGGGGCAGUCCCCGCUGUCCGUGUACACCGACACCAAGGACGGACAGGACAAGGAUAAGGAUGUCUGCCAGUCACCCAUAGCCGAGCUGCAACUGGCGAAUUACCAGACUGGCGUGGACUCUUUCUCAGUAUUAUCGGAUGAGAUGAUGCUGAGCGUGUUCAGGUGGCUCCCGAAACGGACCCUGGCCCACUGCAUGCUUGUCUGCAAAAGGUGGCACCGUGUGGCGUGCGACGAGACGCUGUGGCAGAGACUGGACUUAGGCAACAAAACGCUCAAUAAAAACGCCCUAGGAAGGAUACUAGGACGUCUACCCGUGAUAGUUCGCCUUGCGAGCUCAGAGAUCUCAGAAUGGCACCCCAGCUCCCCGGUCUCCCCGUCCCGCGUGCAGUACCUGGACCUCAGCAUGAGCACCAUCGACCCCCUCACCCUGGACUGUCUUCUAGAACGAUGCGGGGGCGUCAAGAAACUCAGCCUAGAGAGUAUCAAAGUGCAGGAUAGCACCUGCCAACUUAUCGGCAAAUGUAGUAAUUUAGAAACGUUGAAUCUGACAAUGGCGCAAGGGGUCACCGCCGAAGGACUGACCGCGAUACUAGAAGGCUGUGUUAGUUUACAAUCAUUGAACAUAUCUUGGUGCAACCUGAGCGAAGCGGCGCUUACGGUGCUAGUGUCAAAACUGCCCCAAAAACUGCAACGGCUGAACUUAGGCGGCGCGAGGAUUAUGACAGAUGACAUGGUUUCUACGCUAUGCUCUCGGGGCUCCAGACUUCUUGAACUGGACUUAUCCGACUGCUCUCGACUGGGGGCCAAGGCGGUGACCUCGGUAGCUCUGCUGCCUCGGUUAGAGCACCUCGCUCUGAGUCGGUGCUAUCUGCUGCCUCCUCACGUGUUGACCAAGCUGAGCAACAUGCCGUCCCUGCAGUACCUAGAGGUGUGGGGGAUGUUGCAAACGGCUUCCCUAAACGCCCUGAGGGCCGCGCUGCCCGCUAUACAAGUCAACCAGUUCAUGUUCAGUGCGAUAGCGCGGCCGACCGUCGGCGCUAGAAGAACAUCUAUUUGGGGCCUGCGGACCAGAGACUGACUUACAUACACAUUAAUAUAUUUUAUUAUCCUC